CUUAAUUUUUACCAACUCCACGGGCGUCAUUUGUAUUGGGUGAUUAAUUUUAGGUUCUACCCAUCAUCACAGGCGGUCUUCUUCGUCCCGGAAGAUAAACCCUAACGAUCUGGCCAGCAAUGUCUAUGACGGCGGCGACAGGGUUGCUUCGGCGGGCGUCGUCCCAUCUCGCUCGUGUACCUCGCCCUUUUCUUCCUUCCGUGUCAUUCGACAGGCUUCUCAUUCCGGAAUCGUCAGUGGGGGCGGGGCCUCUCCCUGGUUUUUCUUCUCCUAGCUCCAUGGAGCUCAUGGCCGUCCCAAAAAAAAAGGUUUCUCCUCAUAAAAGAGGACUUCGGAAUGGACCCAAGGCCCUAAAACCUGUUCCUGUGAUCGUUCGUUGCAAGAGUUGUGGGCGAGUUAAGUUACCACACUACUACUGUUGCAGUGGAGAUAAGGGAAACAAUAAUACAACAAAUUGAUGGAAUAAAUGCAACAUUGGACAGAGAAAACAGCUCAACUAAGAGCCUUUUUACUAGU